UGCACCUCAGAUGAUUCUGAGAAGCUGUCAGUCUGUGUGAAAACACAAUGAUCUCUGAUUUCUCUUUCAGAUGGCCAAUGACAGCACAGAGACCAGUGAGGCAGGCGAGGAAGAAGAGGAGCAAGAGGGAGACAAUGACAACAAAGAGCGAAUGCCCUUCAUUCAGUGAAGCCAGACUCAUCCAGAGACUUGUUCGGUCUGUUGUUUGUGUGUAUCUUUGCCAGUUUUGGACAAUGCAGUCAAAAAAUACUCCAAAACACUAAGUGUGUUGUUAAAUGUUCGACUGAAGUGCCAUUCUUAGUGCGGUGUUGAAUUGUUGCAGUGUUUUAGACCAAAACGUUACUGUAGGAUUGCCUUUUCAUGAAAGCCUUUUGCAGCCUUUCGGAUGUUUUAUUUGCCUCCGUCAGUCAGUGGAUUGACAGAUGACUGCAGUCAACGUCCAAAAUUAAUGCUUGCCAAGAGACAAAUGGAAGUCAAAAUUGGUUUCGGCAAGUAAAUUAAACGCAGCAGUGGCUGGAAACAUUAUAAGGAACUGCAAUUUAAUAAAUAGUGUAGGUCUAACAGUUGGAUAUAAGUGACUUUAAGUCUUCAGAUGUCAUACAGGUUUGGAAUGACAUGAGGGUGAGUAAAUAAUGCCUACAUAAAACCAUUUUAUCCAUAAGGACAAAACUGGAUUUUUACAAAAGCAUUUUAUUCAAUAGAAAUAAUACUAUAAAUGAUCUCAAUUCAUUGUGCAGGUGUGGCAGGUUAAUUUUGGACACCGUUGCAGUGCUUCUGAUGCAUUUGUGUGUGUGUGUGUGUGUGUGUGUGUGUGUGUGUGUGUGAAAUGUUUCCUGACAGUUCUGGAGGUGAGUGAGAGUGUGAGACUGUGUGUUUAUGACUGAAACUGGCGAAGAAAGGUAAAGGCAGAAUUCGGCUGGAGCUUCUUGUUGUCAUGUAGGUGAUUGUUUGGGUCGCACAUUUUUAGUGUGGCACUGUUUUUCUGCACCGAGCAUCUGCGUUACUCUUGGUACAUCUCAGAUCACAUUAUUUAAGCCUUUAGAAAGACAUUUAAAUGAGUUGUCAUGAUCAGCUACUAUAUGUAACAUACCCCUACAGUAUUAUGCAUGCUCCUUAAAGAAAGAGCUCACCUCAAAAUUGAAAUUCUGUCAUCAUUUACUCACCCUCAUGUCAUUCCAGACCUGCAUGACUUUCUUACUUCUAUGGAACAGAAAUGGAGAUAUUUCGCAGAUUGUUCAUGCUGCUCUUUUCCAUACAGUGGCCCAGGGGGUACACAAAAACACUGAAUGUCCAGCCAAUAGCCUGAGAGUAAAAAAGAGAGAAAACUGUAAGACUUGUCCACUUUCUCUCAGUGAUUUGCACAGCUCGUCUGUGACCAUGGCACAGUCUUGGCUUCUGCUGUUAGUGAUCUGCUUUAGUGUCCUCCAGUUCGGAUAUGGCCAUCCCUCUCGCUCCAAAAAAGCAGUUCCAGCUCGACAGAGAGAUACAGCGACAGAGGAUGAGGACACGAGGACACAGAUUGACAAGCUGUGGCAGGAAGUCAAUUCCCUGAAAGAGAUGCAGGCGCUGCAAACAGUUUGCCUGCGUGGCAUCAAAGCCCACAGGAAGUGUUACCUGCUUUCUGAGCAGGCCAAGCACUACCAUGAGGCCAACGAGGACUGCAUCGCACAGGGAGGGACCCUGGCCAUACCUCGAGACAUCAACCAGAACGACGAACUCACAGACUAUGUCAAACGCAGCUCACCCGCAUCCAAAGAUUUCUGGAUCGGCAUAACAGACAUAGUGAAGGAAGGCCAGUAUGUGGACGUGAACAGCCUGCCUGUCACUUUCUUCCACUGGGAUCGUUCCAAGAGAGAGCCGACCGGAGGGAAGAGAGAGAGCUGCGUCGCGCUCUCGAUGGCAGCACAGGGAAAAUGGCACGACGAGGUCUGUCGCAGUCAGAAGAAAUACAUCUGUGAAUAUCUGAUCCCAUGAUGUGUAUGGCGCAUGACAUCAAGAUGCAUGUUAAAUGACAGCCUGUCAUUAAGCUGCUCAUUAAAAAUGAAACACUCA